AUGUCGUACCCUGAUUCCGAGCCCGCUCCUUUUGUUCAAGAUUCCAAAACUAAUUCAGAGACGUUUGACGCUUCCGCCGAAACCAUUGGCAUCAAGGCUGAUGGAACCGCAUUGGGUGAGACAGCUAUGGGGCAAGGUGAGGCUCCUGCAGUAAAGAAGCCCCUACCUACCAAGAAGGACUUUCCCACUUUGGGAUCAGGUGCCUUCUUGGCAGCUACCAACAAGGUCUCAUGGGGGCCCAACAUGAAACCCUCGGCCUCGUCAAGUGCUUCAGAAAGCAGGUCCGCGUCGAAUUCGGCCUCUCAGUCGCGUUCGGCCACCCCUGCUUCACAUUCUGCAAAACCAGCUCGCUCCAAGACCAUUCAGGAAGCCUUCUCGCUGGAUCUACAGUCACAGCUCUCUAUCGCGAAGCCAGACUUUUCUAGAAUCGUUCAAAGUGUAAAGCAAUCUCACAAUGUUUCCAUUGAAUCAACCUUGUCGAAGACUAGUCGUACUUUUCUAAUAUCCGGGAAACCUGAAAACGUGAGUGCCGCCAGAAGAGAAGUGGUCAAAAAACUUACAAAGCCAAUCACCACCGUCUUAAAAGUUCCCUCAAAAACCAGGUCUACUAUAAUCGGCUCUGGAGGUAAGAACAUUCGUGGAAUCUCUGAUCCCCUACAAGUUAAAAUUGACAUCGGAAAGGAUAUUAUCGAAGAUUCUUUUGACGAGGACUUGGACGAUUAUUUGGUGAACGUUUCUAUUCAUGGUGACUUAGAGUCUGUUAGAAUUGCCCAAGAAAAGAUUCUACUGAUUGUCAGAGAAGACACCAAGAAUGCUUCCAUCAAGAUUGAAGUCCCAGACAAAAAUCUAGUACCUUUUGUCAAGUUAGACUUUCUCUCCAGCGAGAUCGUAUCUCAUUUUGACUCUGCCCAGGGCGUAAUCAGACUUUCGGGUCUUCGCGAGAAUGUCCAAGCUGCAAAACUUGCCAUCUCAAAGUAUUUUUCAGAACUGGAUGGUCAAAUAAAGACAUUGCGUAUCAACAUCCCAACUAAGUUUCAGUUUCUAAUUGAUGAUUCGCAAAUAAAGGAAAAAUUCAACGUUGCCGUAAAGUUCUCGCACGAGUUUGACGAAGAAGUUGCAUUCGUUGGCCCAGCUUCUAAGCUUGAAGAUGCUGUCUCAUUUGCAAGAGAAAACUCCAAGAAGUUUAAGGUUGAAUCAUUGGAGAUUUCCAAGGCUCACGGAAAAAACUUGGAACAUGCCAAAUAUGUCGCCCUCUACUUCGAGAAGUACAAUCUAUUGGAGCCUAUCAAAGAUGGGCAUCCAAGCGUACGCAUUGCUUUACCAUCUGCCCAGGAGCUAAUCAAUGCUGAGUCUGUGCUGGUGAGAAUUACUUCAACUUUGGACAAUGCUGACGAACUGAAGGCUGUUCGCAAAGACAUCAUCAAUCUAGUUAACGAAAUGCCUACUACACAAGUUUUGAUUGUUGACGACUUGGACUACGAACUAUAUGCUAAAGACAUUAAGCAUGCACUUUUGCAACAGAAAAAUAAAGCAGGUUUCGUUCAACUCGGGGACCUGUACCCAGGCGACGAUAGAAUACUCAUUGUGGCCCAACUUUCUGACGAUGACUUCAGGCCAUCUGCUGACGAGCUAAAACAAGUUUUGGACGAGGUUAAUUCCGCUCUUGAACCAUUGCGCAACAAGCUAGCUAACUUGUCUCAAGAAGUUAUGAAUGUUCCACAUGGCAAACAGGAUACCUACUUCAAACUACCAGCAAUUACUCGCCUACUGAUAGACGAAGAUAUCGAUGCACAAGGUGGUCAUGUCCAGUUCAAACUUCAUUACCCAUCUGCUGACAAGUUAACCAUUAGAGGUGAUAGCAAAGCUGUAAAGACAGCAACAAAUGCAGUUGAAUCCAUUUUGACCCAGGAUGGCCAAAAGUUCGAAGCAAAGUUUGGCGUAUCAGCCAACGCCGUCCCACGAUUGAUCGGAACUAAAGGUGCUAACCUUCAUGCCACCAAAGAAAAGUUUCAAUGUGCCAUUGAUGUUGCUCCCGAGUCCGAUAACAAUGUUACAGAGGUUACCGUUACAGGCCUUCAGUAUUGUGUAGAGCAUGCGAAGGCCUACUUGAUUAACGAGUCGAAGAAGUGGGCGGACAUUGUCACAAAGGAACUGAACGUUCUCCCUAAGUUUCGUGGCAAACUAAUCGGUUCACAGGGUACCUACCGCAAUCGUUUACAAACCAAGUACAACGUAUUCAUUCAUUUCCCAGCCGAAGAUGAAAGUCAAGGUGUCACUAUCAAAGGUCCUUCUAGAGGUGUGGCAAAAGCCUACGAGGAGCUAAAAGCACUCUUAGACUUUGAAAUAGAAAACGGACACGCGUCCAUUAUUAAAGUUCCAACCGAGCACGUCCCUCGCAUUAUCGGCAAGGGUGGUGAUAUGAUUAAUGACAUAAGGGCUGAGUGUGGCGUUGAGUUGGACUUCUUACAGAAGACUUCCGAUUCUAAGGCCGUGGAAGCAGGAGAGGUCGAAUUAGAAAUCACCGGAUCCAGACAAGCCAUCAAAGAGGCGACUCAACGUGUAAAUGAGAUUAUCAAGGAAGCCGCUGAUGUUCAGGUGGAAUCAUUUGAAGUGAAUCCGGAUUAUAUUAGAGACAUCGUGGGUGCUGGAGGACGUGUACUAAAGGAAUUAAUCUCUAAGGCAGGAGGUGAUGACAUAAGAAAUAAAACCGUUGACAUUCCAGAUGCCAAAGCACAGGAUAAAAAGAUAGUUAUCCAAGGACCUCAAUCUUUUGUCCAGGCACUAGUAAAGGAGAUCAAAAAAAUUGUCGAAGAAAGAGAAAACUCUAUUGAGAAGGAGUUGGAGGUUCCUCUAGACAGAGUGGGGGCUUUAAUUGGCCCUGGUGGUUCCGUUCGCCGCCAGCUAGAAUCAGAGUUCCGUGUUAGGCUGUUACUGCCAGCCAUUGGUGAUAAAAGUAGUAAAGUCAAGGUUUUAGGUCUUCCUAGUAACAUUGCCGCCUGCGAAAAGAAAAUAUUUUCGGAAAUUAUCAGAGAUAACUGUGAUGUUGAGAUUGAUGUGCCAGCCUCUUUCCACGAGUUUGUUUCGGAAAAAGGAGCGUUCAUCCAGAGGUUGAGGUCAGAUUUUUCUAUCAAUGUCAAAUUUGGUAACGCAGGCAACAAAGCCAACAAACUAGCCCGUGCUAAGUUGUCAAUUCCAGUUGAACGUGCUUCCGGCUCUGAAGGCGAGAAAAUUAAGCUUACAAUGGAGGAGAACGCCAUUGCAAAAGACAAAGUUGAAGGAACGAUUCCCUGGAGGUUGUCUUACGAGCCUGUCGAUCUAUCCGACAUCUUAUCCCCUGAAGAACAAGACAAGGAGCCACUACCAAAGAAACAAGAUGUUUUGGCCCAGGCUCAAAAAUUGAUCGAACAAAGGAUCGAACUUGCUUCCAGGGCCUCUACGAUUGGCUAUUUGUGGUCCAGCAAACCUCAAGAUUUUAGAAAAGUUGUUGGACCUAUGGGUUCCCAUGUGAAGAAGAUCAGGGAGGCUUCCAAUACUUUGAUCAGCAUUCCAAAGAAAGGAGACGCGGUUGCCGAUAUUAUUUUCAUCAGAGGUACCAAGGAAGGAGUCGAGAAGGCCGCAGAUGCAAUCACCAAGACCCUCAAGAACUGA